CAGGUAUUGAUUAUGUAUACUCUGCAGCAUUGAGCCUUGAAUUUUUCAAACAAGCGGAUUAUGCUAGGUUGAAUAUACAUAUUCUCUCAGACAUAAUUACUCGAAUCAAGUGCCGGAAUAAUGCAGCACUUAAUUGACGACUAGUUACUGUGGCUCCUAAAAUAUAGUCCAAAAGCGAAGUGCAUGGCAAGUAUCGCUAUGAUUUCUGCUGCAAAAAAGUGCUGCCGAUUAGUGAAGUUAUAUGUUAUAUAGUACCACUAUAUGGUUGAAUGAAUUUUGCUCGGAGCAGCAACGCCCAAACGCCCGCCAGGAAAUUCUUGCUUGACUAGUUACGCUUUCAUAUUCGCCAACACUGUUAAAAAAUGGAGGAGUUCAUUAAUCACCAAAUAAAUCUGGUCGAGAAAGAGAAACAAGUGGAUGUCGAGGACACUCUUAAGAUGCUGUCGUCGUUUACUCCCGUGCAGCUUCAAAAACGCGGUGUGGCUCUGAUCGGCCUCAAAGUGACAGGAAUGCGAACUGGUCUUGGAGGAAAGAGCUUGAUCGAUCUUGAACUUGGCAAUCCCAGCAAGGUACCGCCCACGUUCCCGCCGCAUAAAAUAAGUACCGGUGACAUUGUUGGUCUGGACGAAUACAAAAAGGACAAGCAAACCAAGAAUAAACUUGGGUCGCAAUAUUCAGGGGUUGUUUUACGCGCAACAGAUACAAAGAUUACAGUCGCCUUAGGAUACGAUGUUGAAUUACCUCCAGAAGUGCAAGAGCGUUGUAUGAUCGUUAAGCUGGCAAAUAAUGUCACAUAUGAUCGAAUGUUAAACGCGCUGGAGCAGCUGAAAGCGACAGCAGCAGCACCCGAUGGUUUAAAGCAAGUUUUGCUCGGUCAGCGUACUCCUACUGCACCCCAGGAUAUAUCUACCAUCAGUUUCUUUGAUGAAACCUUGAAUGAUUCCCAGAAAGAUGCCGUGCGAUUCGCCUUGGGAGCCAAUGAAAUCGCAUUGGUCCACGGUCCACCAGGAACUGGCAAGACAUACACGCUUGUAGAAAUUAUUAGACAACUUGCCGUUAUUCAAAAGAAAAAGGUGCUAGUAUGCGGUCCAUCCAAUAUAUCCGUAGAUAAUCUGGUGGAACGCUUAGCAAAGCACAACAUGAACCUUGUGCGCGUGGGCCAUCCAGCACGAAUCUUACCAACUGUUUUGGACCAUUCGCUUGAUGUUAUUACACGAACGUGCGAUUCUGGACAAAUUGUUGCCGACGUGCGCAGGGAAAUGGAUGAAACUCUCGCCAAAAUCAGCAAAUGCAAGAGACGAGCAGAACGACGUGAACUGUACGCGCUUUUAAAAGACCUCAGAAAGGAUUAUCGUGCACGGGAACGUAAAGUUUUGGACGAAAUUAUGACUGGAGCAGAAGUUCUUAUAUCGACGCUGAACGGUUGUGGGAGCAAGAACAUGUUAAAGCGCGAGUUUGAUGUUGUUAUCAUUGAUGAAGCUACUCAGGCUUUGGAGGCAGAAUGUUGGAUCGCACUACUCAAAGGAAAAAAGGCCAUAUUGGCUGGUGAUCAUUUGCAGCUGCCGCCCACUGUCAAGACACCUACAUCCCUGACGAAGAAAAAGAAAAAGGGCAUGUCUACAGAGAAUGAUCUUUCAACAACGCUUUUUGAUAGAUUGCUCAGCAUGUACAAAAUGGAUGCCAUCAAGCGUAUGCUUGUCGUACAAUAUCGUAUGCACCAGAAAAUCAUGGAAUUUAGCUCAAAGGAACUAUACAACAACCAACUUGUCGCAGAUGCAAGUGUUGCUGAGCAUAUCUUGGCGGAUAUGCCAGACGUAUCUGCUUCGGAAAACACUGAGGUCCCAGUUGUGAUGAUUGAUACCAGCGACACGGGCUUGGGCCAUGAAAUCGUGGAUGAUGCACAAGAUAAUGGAGAGCAAAGCCGUGCCAACGAAUUGGAAGUCGACUUGGCAGUGCGACACAUUCAAUCACUUUUGGACGAUGGUCUCAGCGAAGAGCAUAUUGGUGUCAUCACGCCGUACGCAUUUCAAGUGACCCAUCUUAUACGUGCGAUUCGUGAGAAAUGGCCUGCUAUUGAAAUUGGCACAGUUGAUGGUUUCCAAGGCCGCGAAAAAGAAGCUAUUAUUUUAUCUCUUGUACGAUCCAAUGAUGAAGGGGUAGUUGGCUUUUUGGCCGAGAAGAGACGUUUGAAUGUGGCAAUGACGCGACCCAAGAGGCAUCUGUGCGUGGUCUGCGAUUCUGAAACGCUUUCUGGUACUAAGGCCAAAGCAAGCAGGCUGGAUGGUGGGUUCCUACGCCGUUGGAUGGAGUGGUUAGGCGAUGAAUCAGACCUGCGAUUCAGCGAACAGUGUGUUUAAUAACAACAUAGUAUAAAUCGACAAGGGUAAUCAAAUUUAAUAAAGAU